CAGCGAAACAAUCGAUUCUGAGAAGCAAUGUGCAUGGCAACUUUACCAAUUUUAGGAACAGAUAAGCUUGGAAUAUAUCUUGUAAUGACGGAAUGUCCAAUGAAGCAACAAUUCGGGCGUGAUUGACGCAAUUCCGCUUAUGAAAAAUAUUGAUCUCGAGUGAAAUAACGGACAGACAUAAUAAUAAAGAGCUGACUUUCAAACUGAGCGAUGAGCUCGUCGGUAAUAACUUCAAAUUAAUCUUGUCCUUUCCGGAAAGAGCUCCUCCCUGCCGUGUCGUCAAUGGAUUCCGAGGUGGUUCAAGAUGUGGUCAUCCUGGAUCAGAGGAACGAUGACCCGCCCAAUUCGAACGACGAGUCCACAUUGCUCGAUGAAGACCAAAGCAAAAGUCGACGAUCGCGCUACUUGAAGCUCUUGGCUGUGAAACCCGUGCUCAUCAUCUACGGCAUUCAAUACUGCGUCCAAGGCUCGGUAACCACCCAGCUUUGGCUGGACAAGAUCUGCUACCACCAAGGCUACAACGAAACCGUCUGCACGGAUCUGACCAAUCCGGCAAAUGAGCAAAUCGAAGCCGAGGUCCAAAAGCGUCAAGUGACACUCUCCAUUAUCGAGAGCUAUUUAGCUCAAGUCCCAGGCAUUUUCAUCACUCUGUACUUGGGUCCGUGGUCCGAUCAAGGACGGAAGCCUCUCAUGGUUUUGCCGUUCAUUGGACACAUCAUUUCGGGAACAGUGUAUCUUCUGAAUAUCUGGCAACUCAAGACUUCCGCUCCUGAAUGGUUGUUUUUGGCGGACAUUUACGUGCUCUUUGGCGGAUAUUUGGUGCUGAAUAUCGCUUUAAAUGGAUACAUUUCCGACCUAACCCUACCCGAGGAAAGAACGACAAUAAUGGCCGUUUUAGCAGGCCUCGGAUUCAUCGUAUUCCCGUUCGCCGAGCUCAUAAGCGGGCAAUUAUAUCGAUUCGGAGGCUUCUUCUUGGUCUAUGGCGUGUCGUUGGGGUUUUCCAUCGUUGGCGUAAUCUACGUCUUUUUCAUCCCAGAGACUGUCAUGGCCAGAAGGAGUCUGGAGAAUCCAAGGAGCAAGACGAGUGCUUCAAUGGAUACUCCCAGUUCCCCUCCUUCUCUAGACGACAAAAAUGCCAUGGCUGCCCAUUUACGAACACUCAAUUUGGGCGGAAAAUUCAAGUUCAUCUUCAACCGGGGGAAUCGACUGGUUUGGCGGGCCAUCAAAAUGAUUUUUAAGCAGAGAGACGAGGGUUUGCGCCGGAUCCUGAUCUUCAUCGUGGGGAUUCGAGUGGGUGCCUCCCUGAGUAGCAAUUAUGCCAACACACUCUUGUUCACGGAGCGGGUUUUUGGUUGGGACGUGGUUCAAUACACUACCUACACUUCGGUGUUCAUGGGCCUUUUUGUGGUCAAGACAUUCGUCACCACGCCCUUUUACAGCUACCUUCUAGGCAUGCAUGACGCCAUGUUGGCCAGCAUUGGAGCGUUGGUGGGCGUGGGGACGUCUGUUGUUCAGGGUUUCUCCACUCAAGGAUGGAUGUUCUAUUAUGGCGCUGGUCUGACCGUCCUCGGUCCGAUGAUGGUCACGUCCUUGGACUCAUUGGCCAGCAAAUGUGUGGACACCAACGAGUUCGGGCAAAUGUUUACCAUCUUCCACAGUGUGACCAGUGUGGCGGGCUUACUCACCUCUUCGGCCAUGAGCUUGUUGUACCAAAAGACCGUGGAAUCUUUUCCGGGGGCAUCUUUCUUGCUCUCGGCCUCGCUUCAAGCCGUGACGACCGUGCUCUGCGUCACACUCUUUGGGGUGAUCCUACGACAUGAAAAGCGAUGGGGCCCCAUUGGCGCCACCAAGAAACAAGAUCAGGUCCCCGUCGGAGUCCACUAA